CCGUUAUAACCCAGAGGAAACACAAACAUCCACCGCAACCCGUUAACAUAACAAAGCAUAGGCUCCAUAUUUUCCAGCUUCUCUGUCAAGCUGUUACUCUUUCUGAUUCAUCUAGGCCUUGAACUCGGACAGUUUAACCUACCCGAUUUUGGCGGAACACGUUCCUCGUCAUCCGUCAACCACCUAACCGCUGAUGCGAAGCAUAAGUAUAUUUAUUCUUUCACUUCCGUCAACUUUCCAAAGUUACCGUCUCAAUCAAAGCCGUUAAUUUCUGAGAAGUAAUGGAUAAAACUUCGGCGAUUGUUGAUGCGAACCAUCAUCACUCCUUCUCUUCGUCAGCUUCUCAGAGACAUGUUAGCUACAGCUGUGGCUCUUGUGGGUAUGAGCUAAACCUUAGCUCCUCUAAUCGGAACAUCUCAACUAUUGGCUCAAAAUAUGGAAAAUCUAUGAAGCGAGGGAUCAUAUCAUUUGUAGACAUAGAUGAGAGCAGAUUUACACAGGUUGAUGAGCUGCAAUGCAUUCCCUACUUUUCCAAAAAUUCCUGGGGGGUUUUCCGUCACAGAACCAAACUCCUUUGCCGAAAGUGUGGUAACCAUAUUGGAAAUGCAUAUGAAGACAAAACCAUAGUUAACACACCUGUGCCAGAUGGAUCUGAUUCUACUUCAGGUAAUUAUGGUUCUGGUGAGAGAAAAUAUAAUGUUAGAAUACGGGCCUUACAGCCUUCAUCGGCCGAGGGAUCUGGCACUCCACUGUUCUCAUGAUAUAGAGUGCUAGAAUUUGUUUCUUCAGCAGGUAUGAUAUUUCAAAUGUUGGCGGCUACUACUAAGAGUUUUCUGUGUGAUUAUUUUUUGUAUAGGUGUUUUAAAUGUAUUUAUUUUUGUCUUUGUAUUUAUCAACAAGACUUGUAUAUGGAAGUAUCAGAAACUAAAUCAAAAGAAAAGAGUGUGGAAUUUUGAAAGGAGUUGAUCAGGUCAAGAGCCUGUAAGCUUUUUCCAAAUUUGAAUGUAAGAAAGAGUGAUAUUUUUAGAUUGAAAUAAAUGCAACACUUACGCCUUUGCAGCA